CUUCCCCUGAUCCACAUCGCCGGCGGAGAGCGCGGCGUCGCUCCCUCCCUCCCCUUAGCCGCUACCAGGAGGCGGCCGGGCUGCGCGGCCGCAGGCGGCGGCGAGGGGAGAGAUGCACAGAUCUGCGGGUGCCGCGAUGGCGUGGAACGUGUUCAGGUUCUGCACGGCGCUGAGGGGGCUGGGCUCCAUCAUGAUCCUGCUCGUCCUCUCCAUCGUCGGCGUCACCUACUACGCGGUCGUCCUCUGCAACUACGGCCCCGCCCUCCUCGCCGGCGGCGCCAGCACCCUCGGCGCGCUCGCCGUCCUGCUCCUCUUCCACUUCCUGCUUGUUAUGCUUUUAUGGAGCUAUUUUUCUGUUGUGUUCACCGACCCUGGUUCUGUUCCACCUAAUUGGAAUCUUGACUUUGACGAGGAGAGGGGAGAAACUGUCCCCCUUUCUGGAUCAGAUUUCACUAGCCAGAUGAACUCGCAACAAUCUAUGGCUCACAAUGAUACGGGACAUUCAAGGGCUAGGUAUUGUAGGAAGUGUAACCAGCUGAAGCCACCUCGAUGUCAUCAUUGCUCUGUUUGUGGAAGAUGUGUUCUUAAGAUGGAUCAUCAUUGCGUUUGGGUUGUUAAUUGUGUUGGAGCACUGAACUACAAAUACUUUCUCCUCUUCCUGUUUUACACCUUCCUUGAGACAACACUGGUUACCCUUUCUUUGUUGCCUCACUUCAUAGCCUUCUUCAGUGAUAUUGAUAUCCCAGGAAGUCCUGCAGCACUUGCAACCACAUUCCUCACCUUCGUGUUGAAUCUGGCAUUUUCCCUGAGUGUUCUGGGUUUUAUGAUUAUGCAUGUUUCACUUGUUUCUGCUAAUACAACAACAAUUGAGGCAUAUGAAAAGAAAACUACGCCACGCUGGAUGUAUGAUCUUGGCCGGAAGAGGAAUUUUGUUCAGGUUUUUGGAAAUGACAAGAGGUAUUGGUUCAUCCCUGCGUACUCAGAAGAGGAUUUGAGAAGAAUGCCCGUUCUACAGGGCCUUGAUUAUCCUGUCAGAACAGAUUUGGAUGGGCAAGAAUUGUGAUGGUACAAUUUCGCCAGUGCCCUCACUUCCCAUCUGCAUCAAAUAUGUUCCAUGUAAAUUUUACGGUUUCCUUGCCAGAUACCUUAGUGUUCAUUAUUUAUAAAGGUACACCUUAGUACUGACAGCAUUGCUGGUUGGGUACUGCAUGGCCUCCGAUGACACAGUGUUCCCCGAGUUACUUGUCAAACCAUGUGUAAUUCACUUGUGCUGUCUGAUUGCAGUGGCAAAGAAAUUAGAGGUCUUGCUGUAGUGGCGAAAAGAGGCUUGUGCUGUAAAUUCUUUUUAGUGUGUUUCAGAUGGGUUUCCAGAUGUAUGAUGUACAAUGAUUGAGCUGUGCAAUAGACGUACACUUUAUAGAGCAUGACAUGCUGAUAAGAAUCUGUGUUAAUCAGAAAACUCAAUGGUGAAGUGUU